CCAACCUACACCGCGUUAACUUAAAACCCGAAAACCAUUUCUAUUUCUUCAAUAAGUUUUCCCCCAAAAUAAAGAGAGAGGAAUUUUUUUGCUAAUUUUCUUCAAUUUUUUCUUCUCCAAUGGGGCAGCAGCAAUCCAAAGGCGAGCUUCUGUAUCAGCAAGUUAAUUAUGGAAAUGUUGAAGGUAUCAAAUCUCUCCACCGUGAAGGCGCUGGACUUGAGUGGAUAGAUAAGGAAGGGAAGACACCGUUGAUUGUGGCGUGCAUGAAUCCGGGGCUUUACAAUGUUGCAAAAGCUUUGAUAGAAUUGGGUGCCAACGUCGAUGCUUACCGUCCAGGUCGUCAUGCGGGGACUCCUCUACAUCAUGCAGCAAAAAGAGGCCUUGAGCAGACGGUUAAGUUACUCCUUUCACAUAGAGCUAAUGCAUUGAUAAUGAAUGAUGACUGCCAAACUCCCCUUGAUGUUGCCAGAAUUAAAGGUUUCAGCAAUGUUGUUCGUGCAAUUGAGAGCCAUAUUUGCUUAUUUUCUGGUUGGCUACGGGAACUUUACGGGCCUGGAUUCCUUGAACUAUUGGCACCACAGUUGCUUAGUCGGAAAGUCUGGGUGGUCGUCUUACCAUGCGGUUCCCGCAACCUCAGAAAGCCUUUCAGGUUGGAGCUUGCUAUAUAUUCAGCUGUCCAGGAUGCUCAGCCGCGCACAAUAGUUGCUCUAUGGAAGGCCAAUAUGGAAGAACCAAAUUUCAGCCAGCCUGAUUCAGCAGUUAUCAUAUCCGAUAUUUCAAACAUCCCGAAGCGCUGGAGGCGAAAGCGAGGGAUAAUGCCCUCCCAAUUGAUAAAGAGUAGACUCCAAGGAGCUAGGCGAGCAAGGAUCAAACUUACAGCAGUCCAGGAAAGCGAAAAGCAGCAAUUGCAAUCUUUCUGCAAUGCAUGCAAGGGCAUACCUCAGGUCAUGCUUCCAGCAUUUCCUUUCAGUUCUCAAACCCCUGUGGUCCCUGCAACUGCUCCAUCAACCACAGAGGAUGUGGAAUUAGCAAUGGCGAUUAAUGCCUCUCUGCAGUCUGCUUCACAACAAAGACCAACCUAUCACGAGAAUCACCCAGGAUCAGGAACAGAAACAUCAAUGGGUUGGAUUAACCCUGUUGAGGUUGCCAGUCAUGAUGGUAGUUCUUUUACUGGGGCUUCACAGAAAGCUAGUAGUAGUGGCUGUCAAGUUGAGGACGCCAGUUCAAGUGGCACUCAAGCAGAGCAAGUCCAGGUUCCGAGUGAAACGUCUACUGUAGUCCAAUCAAUGCCAGAGAAUCUAGUUACCGCAUCUGUCCCAACAGCUCCUCCUCUUACAAAUGGCGUAAUAGACAAUGGGCCAAUUCAUUAUCCAUCAAUCGACUCCAGUCCAAUUGACUUGUCUUCUGUGACUGUUCAGAACUCUGGAGUACACGAAAGCAAAAAUCCUGAUGGUGCUUCUUCAUCUUGUGUAAUAUGCUUAGAUGCUCCUGUGGAAGGAGCUUGCAUCCCUUGUGGCCAUAUGGCUGGAUGCAUGUCUUGUUUGAAUGAAAUCAAGGGAAAGAAGUGGGGCUGCCCUGUCUGUCGUGCCACUAUAGAUCAGGUGAUAAGGCUAUAUGCUGUUUAACAGUUGAAGCAGCAAAUGAUUGAAGCAGUAAACGUAAGCAAUUCGGGAACCUCAUGUCCUCUUAUUUACUUGUUUUACUAGAUAUAAUAACAGAGUAAAUAUGUUGAAUAAUGUCAUUCUCUCCCAGUAACAUAAUACUCGCUUUCUGAAAUAACCAAGUUUUGGGGUAUUCCAACGUUUGACUAAUUGGCUCUUGUUUAAGUAGAUCUUGGAUUCUGCUGUUAGUGUAUAGCACUUGUGUUUGCUAUCAAAGGCGGUAUACUUUAUUAUUUAGGGACCUAAAGACACUGUUGGAUUGCUUUCCCAUGAGUUGGCAUCUUGUUUAGACAUUGAACUGGAAGAAAUUUUAGAGGGAUGAUAGCCGGAGCCACGCCCUUGUUGUCUGUCAACCUAUUAUUUUUUCUGAACAAUCUGUAUUCGAUUCCUGAUUAAACUCUCCUGGUAACUUAGAAAAGGGAGGCAAACUGUGCUUGCUUUUGGUUAAAUACAAGUUUUAGAUCUACAGUUGUUACAUUAUAGAAGUUCUUGCUGGCAUUAUGAAAAGCAUCUCAGUAAAUAUGAACUGAUAGAUGUUUCCACUAUUCUGCUCAAAAUUAUUUUUAUUUUGUAGACCUGUUGACUGUCCCGAGCAGAUAGAUUUUAAAGCUAAUGUCGAAUGCUACUAGAUGUUCUGAGUUUGCUGAAUGCAUUUUCAAUUUCUGAUUAUUCUUGAUUAAAUUUCACUGAUUGAGAAAUUUGAUGGUUAUGAAUAUGAUUGUUGUGCAUAUGAGAAUGCAGUGGAAUUAUAUUACAAUAUUUCUUACUAGCAGCUGAUUAGCUAUAUACUUUUUCACUUUGCAGGCAUACGCAGCGUUAUUGAAAAUUUGUGAGUUUUGUAUCAUGUAUACGUAUAUAUAUGCUACGGUACCAGGUGUGUUCAAGAUUUCCGAAAGGUAGGGAAACGCUACGUGGUUAUCCAUCCCGGAUAAGAAUGUAAAUUUCUUGUGCGGAGAAGUGAAACUGUUACUGGGAUUACAAAAAAUAUAUUGAUAUGAUCCUGUGAAUAAUUUUAAAUUUUAUUCAGACUUUUAUAUGUAGCUGCAACUUGGUAGUUGUGUUACUGGUAUGCUGGUGAUGUUUAUUCCACCACAGUACAGCAUAAAUCGUCUGCUUAUGUACUACUUUAAAUUUGUGAUGCAUCCAACUAGGAAUGUUUCUCAUUGUCAUGGGGAUUAUAUUUAUGGGAAAAUAUUGUAUAUAAUAUUGUUUUAUAUA